CAGAUAGACUGUGGCUUUUAGCCUUUUACUAGCACUGACGCUCCAGUCAGGCCGCCACCAUCGUGGAAGAGAAAGAGACAGACCACGCUAACAAGCUAGCUGGCUAACCUCAGACCUUCAGGCCGCUGACAGACCACCACAAAAGCGGCCCCCCGCCCCCGUCAGCCUGCUUACGCCACCCGGGCACCGUUAGGUGGGGCCCCCUCUUAUCUCCAGCCCUGAAGUCUGUGGAGAUUGACUUCAGCGAGGGCUCCACACCAUUCUGGCUUCUCUGUCAUGGCAUCCAACAGCAUCUUUGACUCCUUCUCCAACUACAGCAGCAGUCUACUAAGAGAGCCGCCGACCACCAGACGGUUCACGCCGCCCUCCACAUCCUUCCCCUGCAGCAAGAUUGGAGACAGCAACGGGGCCAUGGCCACCGCAGGGCCCAUCAGGUCAAGACCGGACACCAGGAACGUGGUGGACGUCCUUGCGGACCACGCGGGCGAGCUGGUCCGGACCGACAGCCCGAACUUCCUCUGCUCUGUGCUGCCGUCUCACUGGAGGUGCAACAAGACGCUCCCCGUGGCUUUCAAGGUUGUGGCUCUUGGUGACGUCCCCGACGGGACUCUGGUCACCGUGAUGGCCGGAAACGACGAGAACUACUCGGCCGAGCUGAGGAACGCCUCGGCUGUAAUGAAGAACCAGGUGGCUCGCUUCAACGACCUGCGCUUCGUGGGCAGGAGCGGACGAGGAAAGAGCUUCACUCUGACCAUCACCGUGUUCACUGGACCGCCUCAGGUGGCCACGUACCACCGCGCCAUCAAAGUGACCGUGGACGGACCCCGCGAACCACGCAGGCACAGGGUGAAGUUAGAAGACCCCCAGAAGAUGCAGUUCUCAGACAGGCUGUCAGAGAUCGAACGCUACCAGCGGAGUAUGAGGAUAGGCCCAGGAAACACCAAUCCUCGCCAAAUCCACCAACCCCACCUUGGCACCACACCAGCCCUGUGGCAGGAGCAGAUGGACACCCCCACCCUGAAGACCUGCAAGGUGGAGGAGGACCUGAGACCAUGGCCAGCGACUACAGAGCUCUUCCCGCAGAGGACCACCUUCCCGUCUCUGUCACCGCUGACCGACCCUCGCUUCUCAGAUCCCCGCAUGCACUACCCCGGGGCCUUCCCCUACUCCACCAACACCUCCAGCACCGGCAUUAGUGGCCUUAGCAUGUCAGCCUCUACUAGAUACCACACCUACCUGCCACCACCCUACUCAAACAACCAAUCCCAAAACUUCCAGUCCAACUCUUACCUGUAUUAUGGCACAGGCUCUGGAUCCUACCAGUUCUCCAUGGUGGCUCCAGGGAAUACCGGGGGCGAGCGCUCUCCCACCCGCCUACUGUCCUGCUCGGGGGCUACAGGCACCGGCGGGACCAACAGCCUGAUGAACCCGGGCCUAAACACCCAGAGCGAGGGCGUGGAAGCCGACGGCAGCCACAGCAACUCCCCCACAGCCAUGAGCGCUUCGGGUCGCUUGGAUGAAUCUGUCUGGAGGCCUUACUGACUGACAGACAGCUAGACAAGAAGAGAAGGAGAAAACAAAGUAAAGAGGAUGAUGAACAAAGAAAAA